AUGAAGAAGAUCAAGGGAAAGGAUAACGCGAGGGAUGGGAAGGAGAAGGAUGUGGCGGGCGACAACGGGAGCACGGCCGAGCUGGCGAGGUUGCAGGCGAAGGACCCAACAACGUGGACCGUUAGCGAAGUGGGCAAAUGGCUCGAUUUCAUCGAGCUGGGCCAGUACAAACUCAUCUUCAUCGAGAAUAGCAUUUCGGGUGCUGAGUUGUUCGAGCUCGAGGCUGAGGACUUGGCUUCCAUCAACGUCAGACAGCUCGGCCACAGGAAACGCAUUUUGAAGCGAAUUGCGCAAUUGAAGAAGAAUUCCAAGGCCGCCUUCCAGGCUCGCUCCGAGGAUGGCAGCAGCGAUUCGUCGAGCGGCGAUGGCGCUUCAUCUUCAAACGAUCCCUCCUCGCGCGCCUCGUCAUCCAAGACGGGGCGAGGGGCGUCAUCGACGGCUUCUUCCGCCUCCGAUGAGCAGAUGCUCAAAUGCUUCUACGGCGAGGAUGUAACCGUGCUCAGGGUGAAGAGGGACAUAACCUUCACCAAGCUCAACUCGAAGCUGAAGGCUGAGUACAAGAAGGACAUGGAGGUUGCCUACAAGGACAGCGACGGCGACGUCAUUCCCAUCACCAAGUCGGCGCAUCUCAAGGCUGCGAUGAAGGAAGCCGACGGCCGAGCUGUUCGACUGCAGCUCAAGCCUCGCGACACUGUCGGCGUCGAUGGCGCCAUUAACGCUAGCGAGAUUUUGCUGCUCGACAAUUUCGUCGACGGCUGCAUCCUCAUCAACAGACGCGGCGUCAUCACCUUCUUCAGCGCUGCCGCCGAGAAGCUCUGGGGCUACACACGUCGCGAAGUGCUCGGCAAGCCCAUCAAGAUCCUCAUGCCCGAGCAGGUCGGUCGCCAGCACGAUGAGUACCUGAAGAACUACCUGGCCUCGGGUGAACCCAAGAUCUUGGGCAAGCCCCGUAUGGUCAUCGCCGAGAGGAAGGACAAGUCGACGUUCCCCAUCUUCCUGUCCGUAAGCGAGCUCAAGGUCGACAAGGGCAAGGAGCGUGUGUUCAUCGGUACCGCCAAGGACAUGUCCAGCGUCAAGGCCGCCUCUCAGUCCAGCGUGUCGGACGGAGCCAUCGACUUCAGCAUCCUAGACAACAUCCUCGACGUCGGCAUCGUGAUUAACGAGAAGGGCCUGAUUCACUUCUUCAACAAGAAGGCCGAGGAGUUCUUCCAGUGGAAGAGAACCGAGAUCAUCGGUCGCAACGUCAAGAUGCUGAUGCCCAGUCCGUUCAGCGAUGAGCACGACAGGUACCUGUCCAACUACAUGAGCACCGGCGAGGCCAAGAUCAUCGGCUUGGGCAGAGACGUGAUCGCACAGAAGAAGGACGGUUCGAUUGCGCCCGUCCACCUGGGCGUGACGGAGCAGGGUCUGGAGGGCAACAAGUUCUUCACCGGCAUCCUGCGUCCCAUCGUCGAGGAGAAGAAGAGCGACAAGACGAUUCUUCAGGAGGAGCGCGAGGUGAUCGAUAAUCUACUCAUCCCGGCCAUCAUCAUCGACGAAAAGGCCACCAUUCACGGCUUCAACAAGACCGCCUCGGAGCUGCUCGGCUUCUCGCUCAUCGAAGUGGUCGGCAAGAACGUCAAGAUGCUCAUGCCCAACCCCGACAAGCAGAGGCACGACGGCUACAUCAGCAGCUACCUGAGGACCGGCAAGGCCAAGGUGCUCGGAACUGGUCGGGACGUCGUGGCCCUCCACAAGGACGGCACCAUGUUGCCUGUGCGCUUGUCGGUGACGGAGAGGAGGGACGGCGAAAAGAGAAUCUUCACGGGCGUUUUGCAGAAGCUCUAG